AUGACAGAUUUGACAGCCAUGACAGCAGCAGCAGCCACAGCCCCACCCAUUGCAUUAGAUCCACAGCAACAAGGAAAAGUGUUAUCCGGUAGUCGAGAAGCUAUGGAACCACUUUACGAACGGCUAUUGGCGAAAUCAUUCAAUGACAGUGCAUCCGCUGUUGAGUUUUGCCGAUCAUUGUGUAGUGAGUUUGGAUUCACUGUUAAGCAAGAAGCCAGUGCCAACAAGCACAUUUACGUGUAUUGUUCUCGGGAAGGACUCCCUGAUUCACAACGACGACCACGCACAUCUCCUCAACGACGUAGACCUUCCAAGCGAUGCAAUUGUCGAUGGCGAGUGGUGUUAUCAGAAACGGAUAGUGGACAAUGGGAAUUUAGACGCUUUUUGAACCCCAAUGCAUCCGAGCACAAUCACGAAAUGAUGUCACCUGAUGAAAUGAUGCAUAAUUGGCCCAACGAAGUCAAUGAUCUUAUUAUCCAAUUGGCACAACAACGUAUGCAAACAAGUGAGAUCCGUGAAACUGUCAAGCAACAUUAUCCACACAUCUCUUGGAAUGAACGUCGAUUCUACAAUCGCCUUACGGAGGAACGUAAACGAAUACGACAACGUGACGUGCUUGAAAGGAGUAGACGAUUGACCUUGUUAUCUGCACAAUUAUGUUCCAUUGUCACUGUGCAUGAUACAUGGGCUAUGCAUGUGGAAUCGGAAAUGAUGCGCUUGUUUGAUCAUUAUCGACAAUUGGCUCGUGUGCAGGAUAGUGAUACCCUUGUUGAUUUGGUCCCUGAAGCCAUCCAUAUUAGCAACAAUCCAUCCGAUGAGCAACAACAACAACAACAUGUCAAGAAACGUAGAGUAUCAGCAUCCUCUUCAUCAUCCACAACGCCUACACCUCCUCUUAGUACAGCAUCUUCGCCACCACAAACGUUCAGGUCCGGUCAACCAGUACAUGUGCCUAGCUACACGCUUUAUGUGAGACCACAGCCCCAUCGUGCAUCACCAUCCACAGCACGUCAUAGCAGUCAUCAACAGCAGCAAGCGGAUCCUUUGCCCCCUUUGCCACCACAGCAACAACAACAACCACAACAGCAACAGCAAUUACAGCAGCGACACCGGCAACAGCAACAACAACAACAACAGCCAUUGAUUUCAUCUCCUGUUGCAUCGUCUUCUUCGGGUUCUUCUUUUCAGCAAUAUCAAUCACCUACCAUACAACAACAAAAUCAGCAACAGGCACCAUCUACAAACGAUAUUUUGCUUGUUCAACAACAACAACAACAAAGAAGCCAUCCUCCAUCUGCUACGCCCCCUGGUAAUACGUAUACUUUGGGACCUUAUUCAGUGCAACCUUUUGGAUUUGAUUGGGAUCCUACAAGAGCGGUAACGGACGCCAAGCUAUUUGGUUAUGAUGUCCCACUACAGCAGCACCAGCAGAUUAUUCAAUCCACUCAUCCGGCAAUGAUGCCGCAUCAUCCUACUUCGACUACUACGACGAGUCAAGCAGUAUCUACAACCACAACCACAACCGCGCACCACUAUCACCAUCAUCCUAUGCCUGACGACACUUCGCAACCACCACAAUGGGCUGUAUAG